AUGGCAGGACUCCAUGUCUCCUUGCAUCGCCCAUCUUCGAGGCUCGACGAGGUCACUCGCUGCGCUGAGGACGUGAAUGGAGGCAUCGCCGCCCUGGACAAGUUCCGCAAGCUAUGGCUCGAAACCCAAACCGAAGACUCACGAGUCAAGUCUCCGCUCACGCGCGCGCUUUCGGCGAGCACCACCGCACACUUGAUCCGUCACUUCAACCAAACCUAUCUCGAGAAUCACAACGAUCGCAACUACCACGCCGCCCUCGCGAACCUCCUCUCGGGCCCUUGGAAAGAUGAGCUGCCCAACGUUCUGUGCAUUUACGCACUGUUUGGAGCAUGUGGCAUAACGAGGAGCUUUCUUCAGGGACUUCGUAAUUUGUCGAAACUGCAGAUACGCGAUGACGAGUCUCUGUCAUUGGAACGAGCUAAGGAACUACUCGAUCGUGCCCGCGAGCAGCGCCUGAGCAAACGUGGCGUGAUCAAGAAGACCAGUCAUACUCGUGAUUGGCGACCGGCAGAUUGCACGGUUGCAAGGGCUUGGGCAAUCGAGGAGGACCAUGCACAGCAGCGCGUCGUGCAGUCGACGAGACGGAACCUGCGGCGUAUUACGGCACAGAAAGAGCGUCGGAGCGAUGGUCUGGACCAUAGGAAUGGCAGCGAGAAUCGAGAAAAAAGUGACGGAGGAGGAGGAGAAGACCAGCAGUCUGGCAGUGAUAGUCAGGAUAUUGGAGGAGACGACGGUCUACAAGACGAGCGGUCUGACAGCGAUAAUCCGGAAGGCGGAACGACGGAAGACGGACAACACGCCGAGCAGCAGGACUCUGCAACUCCGUCGAAAUCGGCGCCAUCGCCUGAGCAAGCUCGCGGAGUUCGAUCAAAUGUCUUCCUCGACCUACAAGAGGACGACCAUAUCAGCCUGCAAUACGACGACCACGUCGAAACUCCGGACACGACGGCAUGUUUGAGUAAGCGAUGUGCGCCUGGCGCCCUCACCACUGCGCAGUUCUGGGAGCAACGCCAUACCGAAUCCCACAUGCUGAGGAUUGCCCGCGACGUAAUCACCACCUUUCGUUUUGCCAGUGAUGAGCUCAUGAUGGAUGGUUCCAUCGAUCUGCUCGAGCGAGCGGCUGCGAUGCAGCACAACGCCAAAACUAGGUUCACCACUCUGGUCUCAUUCGUACGUCACGUCGGAACUGGGACGCGCUUGUGGUUUGCUGCAGAGGUCGACCUGGCAGGACAGGAAGCUACUUUAUACACACUGGCGCCGCCUGAGGCAGAUUCUGCGAUCCGCGAGCUUAUCGAGCAUCUUCACCCUGGACUUAAGCUGUCGAAGAAUGAGCGCCGAAAGCUUCCUACGAUAACCGAUACGACCGUCGGUGAAGAGGCCGGGUUUCUUGCCUGUCUCGCUGUAGCCACGAGUAUCAUAGCCGACCGACAGCCUCCCCCUGCUCUAUCUACCCUCUUCUGGACCACUGUUGUCCAGGUAUGCCAGACUCCCGUCGCGAUCCGUCGCACAUCCAAACUCUAUAACGACCUUCCUCUCUUUCCCUACGAGCACUCCGGCGAGGGCCACAAGCGCCCACGACUCGACUCCGUAUUGGAUCCGGAUGUGUCGACCGAGCAGGGUUCUUUACGGCAAACGCUCCAAGCCUGUCGACAGAAGAAGAUCGAGAUGUCUCGGCGAAUCAGUCAAAUUGAAGCAUACGCCGACGAGGUCCGUCAUAUCCAAUCUUGCACCGACGUGACCGAGGUGAGGCCGGCGCCGAAUCUGACGCACAUAAAGGUGUGGGCGGAUAUGAUGGCGAAAAUAUGUCUGGACGAACUUACGACCGUGCGGAACGGCCGAAAUGUUUACCUCCAAGGCAUACGGGACAUCCUCCUCGAAUCCGACAGCUAG